UAUUCUCUUUCUUCAACUUCUUGUUUCCAUUUUUCCGUUCUUCUUCUAAUCUUGUGGGCAAGGAAUGAUCUACUCCAUUGUUGCGCUAACCUCUUUACAAAGUCUUCUUCUCCGACUAACACGCCGGCAACGCCGAACACACUAUCACCUACGUUUCAGAGUGUGAAGGCUGAUCACGGGCAAAAACAUUGGCGAGGGAAUGAUUGCAUUCCGUAAAAGCAAGAUUCUUUGUUAUAGACUUUGACUAACGAUGGUCCGAUCCAAUCCAAAUGGAACUUCUUUGAGAAAACCAGUUGUCUCAAAAUCAGGGAUUUCUUAACAACUCUUCAAUACAGAUUCACAUCACAACUUUGUCGAUCUUUCUUUGAUCCAUUGGAGGAUAUGGCUUUUGAAGGAGAUGAAGAAUCAUCUGCCCCUCAGAUUUCAACGAGAUCCCAAUUUAGAUAUAAUUCUCCGUUGAUCCAGGUCGUGUUAAUUGGAUUGGUUUGCUUUUGUUGUCCUGGUAUGUUCAAUGCGUUGAGUGGCAUGGGCGGCGGAGGGCAGUUGGAUACGACGGUUGCCGAUAACGCUUCCACCGCCCUCUAUACGACUUUUGCCAUAUUUGGCAUCAUCGGCGGCGGAGUGUACAACAUCCUGGGCCCUCGUCUCACCCUCUUCGCCGGUUGCUCAACUUAUGUCCUCUACACUGGAUCCUUCCUCUACUACAACCACUACAAGCAACAAAACUUUGCCAUCAUUUCAGGCGCUAUUCUUGGUGUGGGUGCUGGUUUCCUCUGGGCUGGUGAGGGCGCCAUCAUGACUUCCUAUCCGCCCCCUGAUCGCAAGGGCACUUACAUUUCCAUCUUUUGGAGUAUUUUCAACAUGGGUGGUGUUGUUGGUGGCCUUAUUCCCUUUAUCCUAAACUACCACCGCACCACUGCUUCUUCUGUCAAUGAUGCUACCUACAUUGGCUUCAUGUGCUUCAUGUCCAUUGGGACUCUCACUUCUCUCGCCAUCUUGCCGCCAAGUCGUGUGGUUCGUGACGAUGGCUCACGAUGCACCAACAUCAAGUACUCGAGCGUCUCAACCGAAGUUGUGGAGAUUCUCAAGUUGUUCCUGAAUUGGAAGAUGUUGUUGAUUGUCCCUGCUGCUUGGUCUAGCAACUUUUUCUAUACCUAUCAGUUCAAUAACGUGAAUGGGGCUUUGUUUAAUUUGAGGACAAGAGGGUUCAAUAAUGUUUUCUAUUGGGGAGCACAGAUGGUGGGGUCUGUUGGGAUUGGAUACAUAUUGGAUUUCAGUUUUAAAAGUAGGAGGACGAGAGGUCUGUUUGGAGUCAGCUUGGUGGCUCUCUUGGGUACUGGAAUAUGGGCAGGUGGCCUGGCCAACCAGCUUAGAUAUUCUCGCCAGAAUUUGCUUGACAAGUUGGAUUUCAAGGACUCAGGUUCUGAUUUUGUUGGGCCUUUUUUUUUAUAUUUCUGUUUUGGCCUGUUGGAUGCUAUGUUUCAGAGCAUGGUUUACUGGGUUAUUGGAGCCCUAGCAGAUGAUUCAGAGACCUUGAGCAGGUAUAGUGGAUUCUAUAAAGGGGUGCAAAGUGCAGGAGCUGCAGUUGCUUGGCAAAUUGACACUCACCAUAUUUCCUUCAUGUCUCAGCUGCUUGUGAAUUGGUCGCUUACAACACUAAGUUAUCCUUUGUUGGGGGCUCUGGUCUUCUUGGCUGUCAAUGAUGACAAGAAGCCUAUUGAUGAAACUUCUAAGGAGGUCAACUCUUCCAUUAGCUAAUUGAUUCAAAGUUUUUCUAUAAUUAUUUGUGUUUUUGUUUUUGCCACAUCUUUCUUGACAUAAUGUUUAUAACAUGUUACCGAAAAUGCAAUAUUGUACAGCAGAGACACUUCUAUUUACCCUUUCCUGAGAAAUGCUCCUAGAUGCCUUCCAAGUUGAUGUUGUAAAUGUAAUGGUAUAGGAUUCAACCCUCACUAACUCUAUUGUAUUUGCAACUGUAUUACUUCAAAGUCAA